AUGGGUAUUUUGCAGGAAUACAGCAAGCUUGAAGGAUUACGAAGACAAAGAAUUAGGGAUGCAGGGUUCAAAAAUGAAAAGAUUAAUACAGCAAUGGAGAGUAGAGGGGUGACUGAGGAAAUUGCGAAUGGUUACAAUGAGAAAAAAAAAGGAGGAAUGAAAGAUGCUGGGAAAGCUUUUGUGGCAUACCUGCUGAGAGAGGCCAUGGGGGCAGUUUUCCCUCCCGAUGUGAUUCUCGCUAUCCAUCACUUCAUGCUACUGACCCCGCGCAAUUCUCCUAGUAGCACGUGUCGUUAUACCACACUUAUGUCUGUCCCUCUCUGCAUCCCAGCACUGCCUUGA